AUGUCCGAGGACCCGUCCGAGUUUGUCGAGCGCAUCCGGCAGCUGGGCGAGCAGCGGGACCAGCAGGACACAGACCGAGUGAAGAAGCUCGAGGAAGACCUGAUUCAGGGCCGCAGCGAACGGUUAGCGCGCAGGGCAGAACGAGCGCGCUCCAUCUCGCCCGACAAACCGACGACGCCGCAGUCGCUGCACCGCUCUCCCACGCACACGCACACGCACACGCACACGCACACGCACACGCACACGCCGCAGCAGGUGCAGGACAAAGCCGCCAGCACGCCCACGCCCGCCAUGAGCCCGCCGCCGCCACGAGAAGACGCCGCGCGCGAGGAGUCGCUGCAGCAGCUGACAGGCCCCCCCGCGCCCGUAGCAGACGACGGCGAGCCCAAGAAGGCCGCGACGAGCGCCGCUGCACUGGGCCGCUCCGGCACCCUCUCGUGGAAGCAGCGCCCGCAGUCUGGCAGCAUACGCCGCCCCAUGUCGGUGGCCUCGAGCUUCGACCGCCCCGGCUCCCGCGACGCCUCCACCCCGUCCUCGCCCGAGCGGCCUGCCUCGCGCGCCCACAUUGCUGCAUCCCUGGGCGCGAAGGACCCCGCCUACUUUCGCCAGACCGCAGACCGCGGCCUUGGCUCAGCAGCAUACAGGCGCAGCGACGAAGACAACGCCUCCGACGCUGGCUCCCUCUCCGGCAGGCGGCAGCUCCCUGGCAUGGCCCGCGACUCCACAGUCUCGAGAGACUCCACCGCCUCGACAAGAGAGCCUGAACUCGCCACCCCGCCCACCGAGAGCGCGCCCUCGAGCCGGCCCACAUCUCGCGGCGGCUCCAUGCGAGGCAGCACCGCCACGAGCAACCGCUUCUCGGCUGCGACGUCCCUCUCCGGAGGCGAGACAGACGCUGCAGCAACACGCUCGCCUCUGCCAACGCUCGACUCGCACAAGUUUACCCCACCAUCCGAGUCGGGCACCGCAGGCGAGGGUGGGGACACUGCAGGCUCAACACGCGGACCUCUCAUGUCGCCGACGCAAGGGAGAAUAUCACCAGAGCGCGAGCGGCCCGUUUCUCCAACAAAGGGCAUGGGUGGUUUCGUACUGAGUGCAAGUCUCAAGCGCAGCGACAGCGUGAGCAAGAGGUGGAGCACCCAAGCUCCCCCGACCUUGAGCAGGCAAAGCUCCACUUUGAGCAACCGAGGGAGUGCCAUGGCAGGCUUCGGCUCACACUCCAGGAUGGAGCGCCCAACAAGCUUGAGUAGAGAGCAGUCUGCCGAGCCUCUUUCGCGCCCUCAAUCCAGCUCCAGCAACAUCACCAUGAAGGGGCUUGGCAUUGACACUGCCCCCAAGGACGAGUUUGUACGGCCUGCACUUCCGAACCGCCACAGCCGCAGCAAAUCUGUCCAUUCUACCUUCAGCAACAAGGACCAGAGCGAGGAUGGAGAUCGCCCGUCCAGUCCGUCAAAGCGAUUCAACCCAACGAAAUCGAGCUGGCUCGAAAAUGCACUGAACAAGCCAGAGUCGCCGAAGCUGAUGGCUCCAGCAUCUCCACAGCAGCCAGCAUGGAUGGCCGAGCUCAGUCGCGCUAAGCAACAACGUGGAAGUGUUGACCUUGGCAAGGCCAGUCCGUUAGGGACUCCGUUUGGCGAGAAGCUGGGCUCGCGUCCAUCGUCGCCGAUCAAAGAGGUUCAGCUCAGACCAGUAGCACUUCGCAAAUCCACUCUCGACUCACCAAAGCUGGAAUCUCCAAAGCUUGACGCUCUAAAACUCGACUCUUCCAAGUUUGAUCCUUUCGCCAAGGAGGAGAGCAAGGAAACGCAAGCUUCGUCGUCACUGGAACCUGCGGUAGAGCUGAAACCUUCAUCGCCGCUCAAAGAGGAGAUCAAACCUUUGGAGGAAGUUGAGAACGUUGAGGAAUCCAAGCCUGCCGAAGAGACGGCCCCUGCUGACUCAGAGCCUGUCAAGACUGCGCUUCCCAAGCCUGAGCCCGAGACAGCAGUAGAAGCCCCUCAAAAGGACAAGGAGGCAGCUCCGUCACCAGCUCCAUCAAAGUCGGUACUGUCACGUUUCCCACCCGCCGUCAAACCGAAGCCAGAUACUCCACCUAAGAAAGACUUUCGUGCUGGCUUGAAGUCGCGGCAAACACCCACAACAGACGCCCCCAAGAGCCAGGCACAGUCAGAAUUGCAAAACGUUUUUGGCAAGCUGAGAAAGGCAGAAACCAAAAACUUUGUUGCGCCUGAUGUCUUCAAGUCUAAUAUUGUUGGAGGCAAGAACGCCUUGAAUGUGACUGGUGGGCCAAAACCAACUGUUCGUCGAGAUGAGUUCAGAGAGAGCUUGAAAGAAAAAAGAUCAUCCAUGCUAGAGAAAGCUCAGGAAGAAGGCUCAGCACUCAAGCGUUCAGAGAGUAUCUCCAAACCCACUGAUGUGCCAGAAGCCAUUGCGGUACGCGGUAGACUUGACCGUUCGAAGAGCAUAUCCAAGUUUCCUCCGCCCGCAAAGGAAGAAGAAAAGAAGGUUGUCCCAGAAGCGCUAGCCAGAAAGAAGAGCUUGCGAGGAGUGGAGCGACCCAAUCUCAACCAGAAGGAUGAAAAGCCGGCAUCACCAGCUCCGUUAUUCGCGAAGAAGGACAGCAGCAAGCCCAACAAGCUAGCGGAUCGCUUCAACCCUGCGUUAGCUGGAAUGCUGGCUCGUGGUCCACCUCCAUUGGCGACAGAGAAGUCAACCACGAGCGUCGGCGAUUCAUCACCCACACGACCUGCCCAGGAAGAGCCGUCAGGACCCGCUCCUGAGUUGACGCACAUGACCAAAGGACGCGCCCGUGGACCGAAGAGGAGGACUCCAGCAGCCAAAAAGUCCGCCCCAGAACCGGAGGUGGCCCCCGAGGAGAUCCCCGAGAAGGUGAAUGCCACUGUUGCUGCUGUCCCAUUGGUCAAACCAAAGCAUAUCCUUCCUAGCUCUGAACCACCCAAGGCUAACGGAACCUCAGAGGAGUCCCCAGUAACAAACAGGCCUGUCCGGAAUUCCAUCGGCGAGAAGCCAACGACACCAGCCAAGCCUCGCCAGAUCUCAGCCAAGUUUGAUAAGGCGCCUACUCCAGAAGUGGCUAAGAAGCCAUUGUCAAUUGAUUUGGAAAAGAGAGUUUCUGGAACACAGAGCAUUCCCAAGCAAUCGCCUAGGCCAGAGUCUAUCGGGACACCAAAGACAGCUUCACCGAGUGUGCCGAAGAAGUCCGAGAGAAUAACGUCUGGAGCUUACAACACUGCACAGCCGUUACCGAAGCCAGAGUCGAUCAGGUCGCCAUCGAUCACAUCGAUCAAGUCGCCCAUGCCAACAUCUCCAUCACCAUCCCCUUCGGUAGCAUCUUCUAGGUUCUCGCGGCCACUGCCAACACCCCCGCCCAAGGAGUCCCCAAAGCCGGCCGCACUGAGGGAGAUCCCCACUCCCAAUGCUGAGGUUUCCCCAGUCAAGGAUGAGUCUUCCCCGCAGAAGUUAGGAUUCUCUUCCGUGAAGAACGCUACAGCCCUAUGGGGUAGACAGUCGACUCCCUCGUCUCCUGCACCCUUGAGGACAAAAUCGCCAAUCAAGCUCCCCACCCAAGCAGAUGAGAAAGCUGCGAUGAAGGAUGCUGGUCUUGUGCGAUCGCCUGAGCCCGAGCCCGAGCCCGAGCCCAAGCCUGAGUCUCCAGCUCGACCAGAAUCCCUUACUUCCAAGCCCCUUCCACCUGCACCCCUACAACCGAAGCCUAAGCCAACAGGUCUCGGCUUCAGUCUGGGCGGCUUUGGUAGUUUUGGUAGCUCGGUAUCACGCUCCCGAGAACCGAGUCCUCGACUGUCAAAAGACUUACCAAUGUCUCCGCCACGGAGCGCAGACAGGUCUCAGCCGGAUACUCCAAAGGCAGCACCCGCACCAGCUGCUCCGAAGCACGACGGCCUGUUUGCUGAAUUCUUCGAUGAGGCUCCCUUGACUGAAGGCCAAUUACCGGAGAGCAUUGACGUAGUACAGGUGCUACAUUCGCCACCUUAUGAUCUAGGCUCAUCUGGCAAGAUACGUACUCAGAAGCAGCAGAUACAAGAGAUCACAGGAGAUGGCAAGAUGCUAUCAAUCCCAGCACACGAACAGCACGUGCUUUUCCAAGAUUCCAUGUAUGUCUGCACGCAUGUCUACAGCGACUCGAAGGGUGCAAAGAAUAUCGAUGUAUACCUGUGGGCAGGCAACAGUGUUGCUGAGUCGAACAUCGAGGAUGCACAGCUGUUCGCAAGGAACCACGCGAAGCAGAAUCAAGCAAGGCUACUCGUUCUUCGCCAGGGUAACGAACCACCCAACUUCUUCGAUGCUCUUGGAGGAAUUGUUAUCACCAGACGAGGAUCAAAGCCAGCGUCAAAGCAGUUUAUGCUGUGUGGACGCCGUCACCUUGGUCACCUUGCGUUUGAUGAGGUCGACUUUGCGCUCAAGAGCUUCUGUUCUGCUUUCGUCUAUCUCAUCUCCACUGAAGCUGGCAAGGUGCAUCUCUGGAAGGGUCGCGGCUGCUCUGCCGAGGAGCUGUCCGGCGCACGUCUGAUGGGCAUGGAUCUAGCACCUACAGGCGACUUCCAAGAGAUUGACGAAGGCUCCGAGCCGUCGCACCUCAUCGACAUCUUCCCUCCCAACAUAACCAAGGGACCCGCUAUCCCGCGGUCGGCCGAUCAUUGGCGUUACAAGGCGACCUCCGACCGCUACCGCGCACGACUGUACAAGAUUGACCAGCAACAAGAGGCCUCGGGAGGAUGGGGACAAAGCCUGCAGGUGGGUUCCUUCUUCGCGAACCUGCGCCGCGGCUCGUUUGCGCAAUCGCUUUCUCCCACUUCUACUGGCGCACACGCUGAACACGGCCCACAGACGCCCAUCACUCCCAAGAGCCCGCUGCGGCCUGGCGUCACAACCAAGGUUGUGGAAAUCAUGCCCUUUUGCCAGCGUGAUCUGGAGCCCGAGUACAUCUAUGUCCUUGAUGCUUUCUUUGAGAUGUACAUUAUUGUCGGCGCUCUAGCUCGCAGCCAAGCUCCUGCUUUCUCCACCGCUCUGAUGUUCGCUCAGGAGUACGGCAUCCUCGCCGUUUCAGAAGAGGAUCGUCCCUUCAUGCCCGUCACCACUAUCGUCCUCGAGGGUGUUCCUCGCGACAUGAAGGCCGUUUUUAGACACUGGAACGACGCACUCAUUCCCACCGCCGAGCUCAUGAGCGGCAGUCUGAAGCGUGGUAAGAGUCUGAGAAUUGUCGGUCUUGAGAAGGCCAUCCAGGCUACGAGGGGGUGA